GAGAAACAAAGAGUUGUGACAUACCAUCAGAGGAAAGUAGAGACGAUCUGUCAUGGUUCCAGAUGCCUCCAUGACAACCAGAACAUGCAGACAUGCCAGGUUUUACAUGUCUUCAGAGACGAUCUGGCUGGGUUUUACAUGUCCAAGAGCCAUAUAUCCGCCUCAACAUGCCCCUGCAGCCAACCCGUUUGCAAGCAUGCCUGGCUAUGAGGGAAUUGGUGCAGGUGGUUUUUUGCCUCCUCCUGUACCUUUACAGCCAGUAGCUCCAACCCAGCCUGGCCCCACUCCUGAAGAGUGGAACAUCCCCGCUCUGUCAGAAGAUGCUGCUCGUCAGGCAUUCAAAGACUAUGUGGAUUCUCAGUGCUGCUACCAAUCAGGCCCAGCAAAUGAGGGUGUUAUUACCAACAUGGAGUCAUUUAACACAUACAGGUUGCGUCUGGAGACAUUCACCGAGUCCAGAUCAACUGAGAUGGCCGAGAAACCUUACGAAGGGGAAACGGCUGACUUCUACGCUCAGCCUGCCCCCACACCUUGGGAAGUCCAGGCCAAGAUCCCUGAGCUCUUCACCAAACACACCGAGGAGAUCCGAGUGCCAUACACCUCCAACAUCAAGGAAUGUAACGCCUGCCAUGCUGAAGGAACAGUGUCCUGCAAAGACUGCGAGGCAAAAGGAUAUAAACAAUGCAAUAGAUGCAAUGGCUCUGGCAAGGAUGGGGAGGAAAACUGCACUGGCUGCAAUGGAACAGGAAAGGACAGGUGUUCAAAGUGCAGUGGUGCGGGAAAAAUUAAAUGUGAAACCUGUAAAGGAAAAAAGCAAUUGCUGACCUUCAUCAAACUCAAAGUGGAGUGGGCUAACAAUGUGGACAACCAUGUGGUGGAGCAAAACUCUGGCCUGAAGGCUGAAGAGUUGAACUCUGUGAAUGGAAAGGAGCUGUUCAAGAUGGCCCAGAUCAUGGUCUACCCACUGUAUGGAUUCCCAAAUCCAGCCAUUGUUGAGGCCUCUGACCGUCUGAUCAAAGAGCAUCAAUCCAAGUAUGCUCAGACGUCCAGGAUCAUGCAGCAGAGGCAGACUGUUGAGUUGAUCCCGGUUACUAAGGUGAACUACAAGUGGAAAAAUAACAUUCACGUUUUCUAUGUUUAUGGAAAGGAAAACAAGGUCAGCGCUGACGACUAUCCAGAAACCUGCUGCUGCGUCAUCUUGUAGACAAAAAUUUGAAUUCAAACGUGUACUUCCAUUUUCUUUCAACAGUCAUCUCCCUUACUACAUUUUAAAUCUACAAUAUUUGUUUUCCAACUGGUUGUGUUUGAAGACAACCAGUGGUUUCCAGUAACAUUCAUAACAUUGCAAGGUGUUGGGCAGAAGCUUUAUUUAUCUUUUUAUUAUGAUGUUUUACAAUACAAUACAAUUCUAUGAAAAAAAAAAAA